ACCCUCAUCGCGCUUUGGCUUUUACUCCCGAAACUUUAAACGGGAAAGAGAAACCUUCGGCUUCUGCUGCUGAAGUUUUAAACAGGAAAAAGAAACUUUUAAACAGGGUUCUUGCCCACUUCUCCAUAUCUCUCCUCUCCCAUGGCGCCCUGAAUUGUUCUCUCGCUUCCUCAAUGCGAGCAUCGCCCGGGCCUAGGAUUAGGGUUUCGAUCGAGGCCGGGAGAUGGAGCAGAUCGAGUCGGAGAUCAGACGAGUCCUCCAGGACCACUACAAGUUCAGCUCCACCGUGCGGACCGAGGAGGACAAGAUCGACGCCCUCGGUAAGGAGAUCAAGGCUCUGGAGGACCGAAUCCGGACCUCAGAGGCGGGGGAUUUGGAGCGCCAGCGAAUGCAGAACCUUCUUAGCUACCAGUCGACGCUAAUCGAGAGGGCGUCAUCGCGGACUGAGCUCCUUCGGGCGCUGCACGAGGACCUCCUACUCUUGUUCAUCCGAAGAAAGCAGUUAAGGCAAACAGGUGACUCAGGUGCUGACAUAAUUCCCAAUGUAUCCCUUAGCUCUGGAUUAUCAAGUGGUGACAAUAAUGAAGGAUUACCAAAUGACUGUUCAAGGCCCUCUUCCGUGGAUAUUAUGAGAAUGAAUGAUGACCAGGACAACAUGGAGGAGGUAACUACUGAGCAAGCACAGGUACCUCAGGGUCUUAAUAUGCCAGAAAUACGUACGAACAAAGACACAGGUUUGACAAAGGAUGAUAGCAGGGAAUACAACGAUCUUCGGUAUAAGAGUAAUAUCCUAGACAACAUUGCUAUCAGCAUCCUUGAUACGAAUACAAACAUUGAUAGCAUUUUAAGCAAAGCAAUGAAGAGCUCUGAUUUUCCGUGUGAAGAAAUUCAAGAUGCAGGCUUGAAAAAGGUACCUAGAAAAGUUUGUCGUGUUGCUAACUGUAAUACAGUCAAGAGAUUGACAGUGGAUUUUGAUGAAGCUGGUAACCCGACAGGCCCAAAUGCUGGGGCCUUUAAACGGUCAAUUAAUUCAUAUGUAUGCCAUUUUCUACCUGUCAGAUUCAAGCAAAUCAGUGAUGUUCCAACUGAUGACUAUAAAUCAGUUUUAAGUGUAUUAAUGGAGAGGUAUAAUUUUGAUAUAAAUGGAAGCUAUACCAGGAAAAAGAUUUCUUCUUGUUAUAGACAACACAAAUACAAACUCUUGGUUCGGGUUAAGAAAGAUCUUGAAAGAGGUAUUGAGCCACUAAAACCAUCAUAUGUAAAGCAGGAGGACUGGGAUGCUUUUGUCGCAAAGACAAAAGAUGAAGAGUUUGAUAGGAUCAGCAAGAAGAACAAAGCCAGCAGGAGUUCUGUACAUAAAAGAAAGCUGGGGUCUGAGGAAGUGAUGCACGGAUAUGUGUAUACAAAGGUGCCAAAACCCAAGAGAGGUCGAAAGAAGAAGGUUCCAGCUGUUGCGGAUAGUAGUGACAAUGUAAAGUAUGUGAACAGCAUGAAGCUUCAUGUUUGCCAAGUGGUUCUUCAUGGAGAGGGAUUCAACUCAGGCUCAAUCCAUGUUGGUUAGCAUUCAGAUUUCAGCAGAUCUCGUGCUCUCGUUAUUCCUGUUUCUUAGGCUCUCUCCCGACAUUGCAAUGAAGCUCGUGGCAUUAUUUUACACAUGCACCCGGCUCAAUAGGGAAAAUUGUUUUUAUCUUUCAAAUUUGCUCAUUAUUUGAAGGGCAUGGCCUUGUUUACCUUCACUGUUAUUGGUUGUGAAAUGGGGAGAAAGUGUAGAUAAGUAAUCCACUGUUGGCAAUUGUAAGGUGAACAUCCAAAAGAUUGUCUGGUCUCAACCAUGCAUCGUUCCUUCUGGCUUUUCUAUGCGGUAGCCUAUAAAGAGGCCCACUGCCGAAAACGAGUGGCAGGCGUCUCUGGGAAUGCCAUAAAUAGUGGUUGCAAUUACCAUUUGUACAAUUACAAACUUGUUUGGAACGUUAGAUCGUCGUGCUGGUGAUUUAGGCGUAUCCUUGUGACAUAAUAAACAAAUAAAGCAGUUUAGAUAUGUUGAUCUC